AUGGCUAAAAUUCCAAUCCCUAUUAAUGUUAAUUCGAUAAUAUCCAAUAAUAAAAGAGCGUAUCUUUCGCAUUUUCUUGAAAAUUUCAGACCAGAUAUUUUACUAGUAACAGAAACUAAAUUAAACACUAUACAUAAAUUAGGUUUUAAAGAUUACAACAUGAUAAGAAAUGAUAGACAAACAGAAAAGGACCGCUUUAAAUGUUUGGAAAUGAGUAUAAUUGAAUUUAAGUUAAGACAGGGCCAAAAGUUAAGAAUUGCUUCAGUUUAUGCAGAUCAUAAACAUGCUGAUCAAUUUGAAGAUGAAUUGAAUAAGACUUUUGAAUUAUUAGAAAUGGAUAAAAUUGAAAAUUAUUUUAUAAUCGCAGGGGAUUACAAUGCGAAACACAGGGAUUGGUCAAAUGGAAUAACAAAACUGUAUGGAACGCAAGAGCCAACAUAUCCAAGAACCAAUUCCUUUUUAGAUAUUGGUAUUAUCGAUACAAGACUAAAACUUGAAACAAAUUAUAACAAUAAAUUAAAAACACUUCCUUAUGGCAGUGAUCAUAGUGCAUGUUUGAUUGAUUUAAAAGAAGCGUUUAACACAGUAUGGAAUGAUGGUUUAAUAUAUAAAUUGAUUGAAUAUAAUAUUCCAAAUAAUAUGAUCAAAAUGAUUAAAGAUAUGAUUGAAGAAAGAAAAUUUGUUGUGCGAAAUGGCAAAAAUUGUACUAAUAAAAUAAUUAAAAAUAAGAAUGGAUUACAACAGGAUACUUUACAAGAGGAUUUUAACGAAGUACAGGACUAUGUUGGCUCUUGGAAACUAAGAAUCAAUUAUAGUAAAUAUGAAGUUAUACUAUUUAGAAAUAGCCUAGAUAAAUGUAAUAGAGAUGCAAAUAUCAGUCAGACGGAAUAUGAAACAAAAUACACCAAAUAUUUAACAAAAUUACGCGAGAGAAAAAAACUGGAAUUAUUGGAAGAUAAUGAAUUUAUAAGCUUAAGAGAGUAUCGCUUUCCCAAAUUAUUCCAUAGUAUUCGUAGUAACAUUACACAAAACACCAAGUGCAAAGUUGACAGAAAAAAACGAUCAUUAAAUACUGAAAUAUUAAAUUUAAAUACAGUUUUUGUUAGGUUUUCCAUAAAAGAUGAUGAUUAUGAGUCAUCUGACGAUAUUGAAGAAGCAAACUUAAGAUUAAUGAUUAUUACGAAUUCAAAAUUUGUAACAGUUCGGAAGUUAUUAAAAAAUGAUGCUAACUCUCAUUUACGUUGGUUACAUCACGCACAACACCAGCAUAAAUUGUCAAAUAAUCAGUCCAAACAUUUAUUAAAUAUAAAAAUCUACCAACUCAUAGAGCCACAUGGAAAAAUUUGGUUAGAUAGUAAAAAAAUUGAAAUUGACACUAGGGGGCAAACACGGCGUUGGCUAGAGUUUGAUGUAACGAAAGCCGUUGAAACUUGGGUUAAUGGAGAACAAGAAAAUUUAGGUUUAGAAAUACAAUGCGAUAAAUGUCAUUUAUAUGGAGCAAAAAUAAUUGAUGAUAGUUAUGCAAUGAUUAAUAAUAAAAACGAAGAAAAUAAAUUUAGUGAGAAAUUAGAUACAGAUUUUAACCCAAUUCUAAAUAUAAUUGGUCAGGUUGGUGGUAUCAAACGUGAAAAAAGAUCGCAUCAAUAUCACCAUAACACCAACUCAGGAACUUCAUCGACGCCAAAUAAUGUUGACAGAAGAAAACGUAAAACCGAAUGCUAUGAAGGAAAUACGCGUUGCUGUAGGCAUUCGAUGGAGGUUGUUUUCAAAGAAAUCAAAGAUUUCUCAUUCAUAAUUCAACCAAAAAUUUUUGAUGCUGGCUAUUGCCGUGGCAGAUGUCCACCUAGAUACAAUCCAGCACAUCACCAUGCUGUUUUACAAAGCUUGAUAUGGAAAAAAGAUCGAAGCAAAGCACCUAGACCAUGUUGCGCUCCAUCAAAAUUGGUUGAGUUAGAAGUUUUACAUAUUGAUGAAAAUGACUCAACUAAAUUAAAAGUAAGUCGAUGGAAUGAUAUGAAAGUAAUUGAGUGUGCAUGCUCAUAGCUACUAAAUCAUUGUAAUUCAAUUGAUUCAGUACUUAUUUCAAUGUAAUAUUUUUCAAAAAGUAGUAAAAUUUGUUUAUUUUGAAGUUAAGGAUAAAAUGUAGACAUUGUUAUAAUGCAACUAAAAAGUUGAAAUCGAAAAAUUAUAAGUCAGUUUGUAAAAGAGAAUGUUAAAACGAGAAAUAUAAAAUAAUAACCAUUUUGCCAUAGAUAGUUAAAACUAUCAAUUCAAAAUACAUAACUUUUUUAAUUCAAUUUCCUGGACCUAUUAACAAUGUUUUCUUGAUUGCAAUGAAAGAUAAAUUUAAACUGUUACUCAGCAACCUUAUUGUCGAUGAAAUUUGAUUUUCAUCCCAUUUACGUGUUCAAAUUCAAACUUUUCAUGAGCAUACAUAUAUACGUGGUCACUGGUUUAUAAAUGGAACGGUUUUUUUCGGUAUAUAUGAAUAACACAUUUCAGUGUAUGCAUGUCAAACAGACUCAGAUAAUCUUCUACGCGAUUAUCUACCUCGCCGCGGUGUAAAAGCCAAGCAGGGUCAAAGAAUCUCCUAACAAAUCCUACCAUUCCAAACUCCGCUGGGCCGAAUUAAGGUGCCAUACGACCCAUGCCGAUAAUCAAGUUAACUGGGGGGCCUAGACAAAUAGCCCAAUCGUGAACGGAAUAUCCGAAUACCUGGCGCCCUCCGAUCAUUUAGCCUUAUCUAGGUACAGUAAAUCUAUGCCUAGAUGGACUUCCUUUCUCCUCAACUCGUAGGAACAGAAUGGAGAAGUAUAAAAAUAAAAACAACGACGAGUCCGUCACUCAUAAAAAGUCGGAAAGGAAUUUGGCAAAGCGAGUUCCACGCAGUAAAGCUGAUAAUUCGCAGAAGGCGAAUUAAGCACGAGAAGAGAUGCAAAAAGCACUGGCGCUAUACCAAAGGUGAAGCAACAAUCCCAACCAGAACAAAGCUGCUGUGCACGAAGCUAUGACUCAGUCAGACCUAGUACCGGUAGCCAUCACUCAGGUUUCUAAGGGCCAACAAAGAGCGCCCACGUCAAUCACGGCCUCACAAUGGGCUUACAAGGGAAGGUGGUCUUCGUUCAAGAAUCCGGAAAGGAUUGGCCGCAUUUCUGAAUAAGUUAGCUUGGACGAAGAAAGAUCCACACACAGCUGGGCAAAGAGUAUAAUGGACAAACACGUAAGCGGAAAGGCCGCCGAACAAACCCUCAAGUGCAAAGCCGUAUAAUGAAAUCCUGAAGAACCACCUCAUUGCUGCAGUGGUAGACCAGGCAAAAGAUGAUGGCGGGAUUUCAAGAGAAAACUGGCGGAAGGUGAAGAGUCGAUUGAUGAGAUCACGGUCGGCAUCAGG